GCCAAGAUCGAUCACAGUCCAAUGGGGAUAAAGAUAUUCGAGUAUGGGGCAGCUUUCCUUGCAAAGUACAACAUCGAUGCUCCCUUGCACAAUUGGGAAUUCGUUAUUACUGAUGUUCCUCAACAAGAUGGAAACACCGACUGCGGUGUGUUCGCAUGCAUGUUCAUGGAGCAUUGGGCGGGCCACAUUCCAUCGGAGUACAAGCAAAUUUGGUACAAGCAAGAGCACGUGGAGCACCAACGAGCAUCUAUUGCAGCCAAUCUCCUUCUAUGAAAAUACAACAACCAAAGGAAUAUCAUACUUGAGGAGGAAAACGAGUGGGCAACACAUAAGGAGAAAGGCAAAGGGAAGAGAAGCUGAAACUUACCACCAGCGGUUCCAUUCCCCAUAUGUUGAUGUUAUUAGUUUAAGGUGAUUGGUUAUUUUGGGAAUUUUUGGACAAAAGUAGACACUAACUAACCUUAUUAUGAUUGCUGGUUUGAUCAAGGAUGGAUUUCCUUCUGCUACAGAUUGGAUGUUAGUUAUCAUAAGAAUAUAUUUCCUUCAACAAAAAUAUAUCAAACCCCAAAAAUAUGUGUUGGAAUACAUUUAAAGAUCCACG